UUCGUCUCGUUUCAUUUCCAUUGUUUUGUGUCAAAAAAAUGUUGCUCGUUUUCCCCAAAAACGUCUGCCGUUCUGGUGUUAAGUAAAAUGUUUUCGUUGUAUCUGAAAUACUGCCAAGCGAAAGGAGCGGCUGCGGCAAAGCUGAAUGUGUUUUUGCAGUUGACACCUGAAAUGCAAACACAUUUGCCACAGCCGCUGAACAGGAUCAGCUUUUGGUAUCAGCAGCAGGAAGAGGACGGGGGAUCAGGACCAGGACCAGGACCAGGAAUAGAUGUAGGACCUGAAACCCAGCAGCAGAAUGCAGUUGCAACAGAUGCAUCGUCUGUGUUGCCAGCUGUCGACAGCAGAAAUCAAAGCAGAAAACCAAGUCCAAGGAUAUCCAAUAUCAGUGUAAAGAUACGAAUUAAAUUUGGUCCCUUUUCCUUCUAUUUCUUUAAUUUAGUCUUAAACAAAUUCGAACUUGGAUCAAGUGGCACUUGA